UACCACCGUGGUCCUGUAACAUCACCGUGGUCCUGUGAUACCACCGUGGUCCUGUAACAUCACCGUGGUCCUGUGAUACCACCGUGGCCCUGUGAUACCACCGUGGUCCUGUGAUACCACCGUGGUCCUGUAACAUCACCGUGGUCCUGUGAUACCACCGUGGUCCUGUGAUACCACCGUGGUCGUGUACAUCGGCUUAGCCCCUCACCCCUGCUACCAGGGCACUGUUGUUCCUCCAUCCGUCCUCUCUCAGACGCCAAAGUGAAGAUCUUCGCGAGAGGAGUCAUGUCCACCACCCCCAGCGAGGUAACAGAUGUCCUCAUUAAAAGAGGCUUCAAGCGUGCAGCCAUCGUUGGGAUGGCCACGGGGAGCAGUACUGUGUUUGAAGGGGUUGUGACCAUGGCUGUGGAUGGUUCCGGCACUGCUGCUGCUGUUGUGGGCUCUACUCUUAUACUCGUGGGAGCAAUGAUGACGGUGGUGUCAGCGGUGGGGUAUAAGAGGUACACGAAGUACCGUGCCCGUCAAGUUAACACUGUUAUGGGUAGAGCCAGGCGUAUGGCCCGAGGUGAGGGUGCUGCCCCAGCCCUUCUUGACCUGGGCACUGGGGGAGAACUUCUACGAGUGAUGGCCGCUUGUGACCCCACCAUCACCAUCUGUGAUACCCUAGUGCCCACUGACACUUACUGUAACGGAAAGAUUCGGGAUAUAGGCAUGGGAGAGAUGAAUUCAGGGAGGUCAGGGAGUAUUGAUAACCUAGCCACUAGGACGUUAAGGAAGAGUGGCAGUGUGGAUAUACUAGCCACAACCAAUGCCAGGAAUGCCAGGAAGAGUGGCAGUGUGGAUAAUUUAUCGGACCUACGAACUAUAGAAGUUACUCCCGGAAUGAUAGUAAUGCCCGUGUACCUGGAGGAGUCGAGUUGUACUGUACAUGUCUACAUGCCUGAUGAACACGAGGCACCACUCUGGCUGUACAAGGACAUGCUGAUGCUGUUCUGGGUAGCGGUGUUCCUGGUCAGCAUUGGUCAAACCUUACUAAAUACUGCCUUCAUUAUACUGGGAAUUGCAUUUAACAUGCUUCCUGAUGUUACUAUCAGCAUUCUUUGUGGAGUCUUUGGUGCCACAGGAGGAGUGUGUAUAGUGAUGGCAGGUAUAUCUGCCCACCGCUGCCACCAAGUAUAUCACAAAUAUCUACGUGAGAGUAUUCCUUCUCCCUUUGAAGACACAACAUUAUCUAACAGUCCAGCUGUAUGGCAGCUCUUAUGAAGAAAAUGAAGCUGUAUAUGAAGAAUAUGAAGCUGUAUAAUGAGAAUAUGAAGCUGUAUAAUGUUCACCAUUACCAGUGUAUACUGUACAUGGUUCCUCUGGAGAACCUAUGCACAAGAACUUGAUAAAUAUGUUUAUUUAACCAAAUUAAAACAAAAAAUGGUCGUUAGCAUAUUAAACGUCAUUAUAUUUCCAAUUAUAAUAUUUCUAUGUUUAUUAAUAUUGAAUGAUUGGUACAUUUUAAUAUUUAUAAUUAUAGUUUUUGUGACAUUUCUGGUCGGAACUCAGGCCAUACUCGAAAUUUAGGAAAUCGAUAUUAGUUUUGCAUUUGACAAGCUGGUCUGAAUAGUCCCAUAUAGAGGAUGUUUUUAUAUGUAUACUAAGCGCCAAACCCGUGUGUGUGUCGUCAUACAGUGUAAAGAGUGGUGCAGGAUCGAUCCUACGUGUUCAUACAUUAAUUAUGAGGUAUAGGAACUGUUGAGAUGGACUUAAUUAAGAUGUAAUAAUGUUUGGCUGCCCCAAAAAUAUAUGUUACUGUUAAUUUUGUAAUAACAAGGAAAUUCACAUUCACUUUUGAUUAACUAAUUACUGUUGAGGAUAUAAUACUUAAAAUAAAGAAAUAACUCUUAUAAAAUAGUAUAGCACAGGUAUUAUUAAUUUUUAAUGCGUGUGAAUUGUAUCUCCAAAAAUAAUUGAUUAUGGGAAUCAUGUUAUUUUUUUGGAAAUUUCAGUUGAAUUAGGUAUAGUCUACUCAAUGUUUAUUUAAAAUAGUGUAAUUUUUCUGUAUAAAUGUCAAAAAUACCAACUGUUGUACUAGUGAUGGAAUUUGAGUGCAAUUAUUCUCAUAGAUUUAUUGUUAUCAUUGCUACCUCCUGUCUGAAAUAGUCGGUAAAAAAAAAUAAAAUUCCCACAAACAUAGCACAAAUAUUUAUAAGAUGUAGAAUUAUUAAUGUUUUGUUAAUUCAUCCUGAGGUCUUUCUUCAUUAAAUUGUAUGUAAAUACCCAUUUUAAAGUAGAAAUAUAUUCAACACAGCUGUUGUGAAUAACAUCAUUUUCUAUAAGAUUUUGAAAGUAGCCUAAGAGCGGACUUUGUUUAUAUACAGGUCGACCAUCACUAAUCCGGCAU